AUGAGCAGCAGCGAAGUGGACGAGAGUUGUAAAGUUUUGCAACGAAAUUGUGGCCCAACCGGCAGAUGGACGAUUGCGUUGUUUCUAUCGUUAGUUGUGGGCAAUUUUGUGUUUAGCGGUUUUCUGUUGUGGAAGCUCAGUGUUCAGGAGAAAAGAUUUGAGAAAAGCGUAGAGAAGUUGCAGUUGGACUUGCAGGAACUUCAAGUAGAAAAAGAGGAAAUGAAGCAGGUUUAUGAGACGUUGUCUGAGUAUGGAGGAGAAAGAGGGAAGAGGUCGGAAGAAUCUCCCAGUCAGUCGUCACAAGUUACAAUCAACAUUGCACACGUAUUUGGGUCAUUCAUCAAACAGAUGUGCAAACCAGAAUCAGCAAUUUGUAUACCAGGUCAACCAGGAAGAGACGGAUUGCCAGGUUUGUCUGGAAAAGAUGGUUUGCCAGGUAGAGAUGGAUUGCCAGGAAGGGACGGUCCAAUUGGAUUGCCAGGUUUAUCAGGAAAAGAUGGUCAACCAGGUAGAAACGGUUCAAUUGGAUUACCAGGACCAGCUGGAAAGAACGGCGAAACGGGAAGGAAUGGUGAACCUGGCAGUAAGGGAUCAGCAGGUAAACAGGGUCCACGUGGAACAGCAGGUAGGAAAGGAGACAUGGGAGUGAGUGGAGAGAAAGGAGAGAAAGGAGAAAGAGGAGAGAGGGGAGUCGGUGGACUGCAAGGAAUUUUGGGUCCUCGAGGAGAAAAAGGAGAAGAAGGAGACAAAGGUGAACGAGGAUAUCCUGGUUUUAAAGGAGGGAAGGGUGGAAAGGGGGAGAUUGGGUUACCAGGAGGAAAAGGAAUGAAAGGAAACAAAGGAAUGAAAGGGGAUGAGCAGGAUUUACAUCAACUGUCUAUCAAUUAUCAAUUGUUUAAUCUCCCCAGUCAAUGUUUACCAUGGAAUCAUCGUGUUUUAAAUGAAACUUGGAGACAAACAUCUGAGCAUUAUUCUAAGACAACUUAUCACUGUGAUAAGGCAGGUCGUUCAUCCAAUCAACAUGGUUUCACACCAGGCUGGCAUUCAUUCAGUCCUACAAUAGGUGGAGCUAUGCCAGAGAACUGCACAUCUAUGAACUACUGUGGAACUAUUGCAUCAGGAUGGUUAAAAGGAUCUCACCCAAAUGUAAUUGGUCAAAAGAUUUCAAGAACAGUUUGCUUUAGUUUAAGCAGUAAUUGUUGUUAUUGGCCGACUAGUGUUGAAGUGAUCAACUGUGGACAGUAUUACAUAUACAACUUACCUAACACUCCAAAUUGCGCUUAUGCUUACUGUGCUCGAGGACAGAGCGUGCCCACUGUUUUGCCAACAAAUUUUCUACAGCAUUCAAAGUCGUUGUAUGAGAUGCUGGAUAUUUUUCAUGAAUGGAGAUGUACUCAAUCCGCACACGGAGGCGAGAGCGAUGGGCGCCACUCCAGUCCUCCAGAGAUUAGAAGAGAUCUCACUCACAUUUCCAGUCAUCCGCACGUCGGUCAACAGAACAUGCCUUACUCAUGUCUGAGGCAUCAACGGCAUCUGAGGGAGUGUGCUGAGGCUGUGGCUUGUGAUCAGAACGCGUUGACGAGCAGAUUGAAAGACUUGGAGAUGAUAUCUGCGGCUGCUGUGCACGAUAUUCAGAGGGCGGUCGAGACGGUUGAGUCGAGGAUUCAGCAGUGUGUGCCGAUGUUGAGGAGGUUGAAUAAUGUGUUGGCGGAGGAGGAGAGGUUGGAGGACUUUCUGAUGUUGCCUGAUGAUGAGGAGGUUGAGACUGAGGGACAGAAUGUGGAGAGAGAUGGAGAUACUGAGGAUGGAGAUGGGCUUAUAGCCGCCAUAUUUGCAAUGAGCAGCAGCGAAGUGGACGAGAGUUGUAAAGUUUUGCAAGGAAAUUGUGGCCCAACCGGCAGAUGGACGAUUGCGUUGUUUCUAUCGUUAGUUGUGGGCAAUUUUGUGUUUAGCGGUUUUCUGUUGUGGAAGCUCAGUGUUCAGGAGAAAAGAUUUGAGAAAAGCGUAGAGAAGUUGCAGUUGGACUUGCAGGAACUUCAAGUAGAAAAAGAGGAAAUGAAGCAGGUUUAUGAGACGUUGUCUGAGUAUGGAGGAGAAAGAGGGAAGAGGUCGGAACAAUCUCCCAGUCAGUCGUCACAAGUUACAAUCAACAUUGCACACGUAUUUGGGUCAUUCAUCAAACAGAUGUGCAAACCACAAUCAGCAAUUUGUAUACCAGGUCAACCAGGAAGAGACGGAUUGCCAGGUUUGUCUGGAAAAGAUGGUUCAACUGGAUUGCCAGGUUUGCCGGGAAGGGAUGGUGAACCAGGUAGAGAUGGAUUGCCAGGAAGGGAUGGUCCAAUUGGAUUGCCAGGUUUGUCAGGAAAACAUGGUCCACCAGGUAGAGAUGGUCGUACAGGAUUGCCAGGACCAGCUGGAAGGAAUGGCGAAGCAGGAAGGAAUGGUGAACCUGGCAGUAAGGGAUCAGCAGGUAAACAGGGUCCACGUGGAAUAGCAGGUAGGAAAGGAGACAUGGGAGUGAGUGGAGAGAAAGGAGAAAGAGGAGAGAGGGGAGUAGGUGGACUGCAAGGAAUUUUGGGUCCUCGAGGAGAAAAAGGAGAAGAAGGAGACAAAGGUGAACGAGGAUAUACUGGUUUUAAAGGAGAGAAGGGUGGAAAGGGGGAGAUUGGGUUACCAGGAGGAAAAGGAAUGAAAGGAAACAAAGGAAUGAAAGGAGAGAAAGGGGAUGAGCAGGAUUUACAUCAAUCGUUGAAUCUCCCCAGUCAAUGUUUACCAUGGAAUCAUCGUGUUUUAAAUGAAACUUGGAGACAAACAUCUGAGCAUUAUUCUAAGACAGGUUAUCACUGUGAUAGUACAGGUAGUUUACAUGGUUUCACACCAGGCUGGCAUUCAUUCAGUCCUACAAUAGGUGGAGCUAUGCCAGAGAAGUGCACAUCUAUGCAGUACUGUGGAACUACUGCAUCAGGAUGGUUAAAAGGAUCUCACCCAAAUGUAAUUGGUCAAAAAAUUUCAAGAACAGUUUGCUUUAGUCUUAGCGGCAAUUGUUGUUGGAGGCAGACUAGUGUUAAAGUGAUCAACUGUGGACAGUAUUACAUAUACAACUUACCUAACACUCCAACUUGUGAUCUAGCUUACUGUGCUCGAGGACAGUGAAGA